AUGCCACGUGCUCGUCUACUGUUGCAAGCCCACAUCAUCAGUGUUUAACCCUCUUCAUUGGGUUUUACUACUACUGCAACGCCAAGAGAUAUAAACAAGAGUGUCACGUCCCUUUAUACAGGCUCUUCGGAAGCAGAGAGGGAAGCAUGGAAUCUCUGAAGGGCUUUGAUAUCGACAUCCCACGCUGGGAUCAAUCCAAGUUCAUGGGCCGUCUCAAACACUUUUUCAACAUCACUGACUGCCGCACUGUUCUGCUGCCUGACUCCAGACUAGAUGAAGCCAAAGCUUUAGUGGAGAGCUGCAGAGCUGGCUCUGUUCCUCCGGGCACAACAGAGGAGCAGCUACACUAUGCCAAGAAGCUGUAUGACUCAGCAUUUCAUCCUGACACAGGUGACAGGAUGAACCUGAUCGGGAGAAUGUCAUUUCAGGUGCCUGGGGGUAUGGCCAUCACCGGAUUUAUGCUUCAGUUUUACAGGACAGUUCCUGCUGUAGUGUUCUGGCAGUGGGUUAACCAGUCUUUCAACGCUCUAGUCAACUAUACCAAUCGCAAUGCUGCCUCCCCCAUCACACCAAAGCAGAUUGGAGUAGCUUAUGUGACAGCAACAAGCACAGCACUGGCCACUGCGGUUGGUCUGAACCUCUACACAAAGAAUGCUCCUCCACUGGUGGCACGCUGGGUGCCGUUCGCUGCUGUGGCCGCGGCUAACUGCGUCAAUAUUCCAAUGAUGAGACAACAGGAGAUUUUGAACGGCAUUGCUGUGACAGAUGAAGAUGGAAAUACACUGGGCCUCUCAAGGAAAGCUGCUGUCAAGGGCAUCACACAGGUGGUCAUCUCUCGAGUUACCAUGGCAGCGCCAGGCAUGAUCAUUCUCCCCAUUAUAAUGCAGAGGCUGGAAAAAUACAGAUUCAUGCAGAAAAUCACAUUUCUUCAUGGGCCACUGCAAGUCAUGAUGGUUGGCGUAUUUCUGAUCUUCAUGGUACCCGCAGCGUGUUCACUGUUUCCUCAGAGCUGUUCUAUGGCUGUAUCCAAGCUGGAACCUGAGCUCAGGGAGUCAAUCAUUUCUCAGUACGGGGGCCGUGUCAGUUACGUGUACUUCAACAAGGGCCUGUGAGUGCUGGCCAAUCACAGACUGGAUGCACGCGUCAUCGGCCAAUUAGAAACUCUUUUUCACUCUUAAAAUAAACUCUUUUGAUUAGAGGGUUUGUUUCAUAUCCUAGAAAGAAGGUUUUUAUGCACUAAAGCAUAAUUGAUGUAUAGUUUUUUUUACAAUUUGGCCCUGACUGCUGCAAAGAAUCAGUUUGAUUUGUGAAUCAAAAUGUAUAGACAUUGGAUAAACCUGAUCCAGUUGCCCUGUCAUUCGAUCCUGUUGUAUAUGCUCUACCCUGAUUAAUUGAGAACAGAUUGAAAAGACUAAAAAGUGUUUCCCUCUGAUGCCGUACACCAUCAUUCACCACAUACAUCUCUCAGGAACAGAUUAUUUUAAAGGUUUAAUGCUUUAAUAGCCUCUAAAGCAAUCAGUGAAAUAAUUUUAUCAGGUUUUCCUUAAACUGUCAGAUGUUCAGGAAUAUACAGUCAGAUCUUGUUUAUGUUUUGAAUUACCAGUUACAAGCAUAAAGUGGGGGAAAGUACAGUCUAUUAAACAUCAUUUUGAAAGAGUAUUUCAUGGUUAAAGUGUGUCUUAAAUUGAAAACAAAAAACAAACCUGCCCUCAUUGUGAACUGUCAGAGCUAUGUACUUCUUUUCAUCAUUAUGAGAUGAUGAAAUAAACAGACAGCUGCCAAAAUAAA